AUGGAUUACAAUAACAAACUUGAAAAACUGGCGUUACAAUUAUUCAGCGUAGAUGCUGUGAAGUUUGGUGAUUUUAUAACAAAAAGCGGGAUAAAUACACCGGUGUACUUUGACUUGAGGGUCAUUGUUAGUUAUCCUGACAUAAUGGUAUUGAUAACUACACUCCUGUACGAUAUUGUAGUCAAGGAUGCAAAAUGUGACCACCUUUGUGGUGUCCCAUACACUGCAUUACCAAUUGCUACACUUCUUAGCAUUCAGGCAAAAAUACCAAUGCUAAUGAGGCGAAAAGAGGCUAAAGGGUAUGGUACUAAAAAAAUGAUAGAAGGUCACUACAAACCUGGUCAAAAGUGUCUCAUAAUUGAAGAUGUAGUCACAUCUGGGUCAAGUAUUUUAGAAACUGUAAAAGACUUACAUAAAGAAGGUCUCAUAGCUACUGAAGCUGUAAUUAUUCUUGAUAGAGAGCAAGGUGGACGUCAAAAUCUUGAGGCAAAUAAAGUACACAUGAAAUCUUUGUUUACAAUGACAAAGUUUAUUGAAAUCUUAUUAGGCCAUGGCAAGAUCACUAAUGACACUGCUGUUAAAGUACAAGAUUACUUGAAAGGCACCCAAGCUCCACCUACUGAAUCUACAGUGAACCGCAUAUUGCUUCCAUACGAAAAACGAGCUGAGCUUGCAACUAGUCAAAUUGCCAAACGACUUUUUACCAUAAUGGCCACAAAAAAGUCCAACUUAUGCCUAUCCGUUGACUUGACUUCUUCUACAAAGAUACUUGAUUUAUUAGAGAAAGUUGGGGAGCAUGUUUGCUUAGUAAAAACGCACAUUGAUAUUAUCGAAGAUUUUACUGAUGUUUUUUUGAGGCAGCUUAAGCAACUUGCUGACCGUUUCAACUUCUUAAUACUAGAGGAUAGGAAAUUUGCUGACAUUGGUAAUACAGUUUCUUUGCAAUAUUUGAAAGGCUUGUACAAGAUUAGUGAAUGGGCAGAUUGUGUGACUGCACAUUCAUUACCUGGUGAAGGAAUUUUAAAAGCCCUUAACGGCUGUGUGAAUGGUGUCAAUAGAGGUGUGUUCUUACUGGCUGAAAUGAGCUGUGAGGGUAACCUUAUUAGUCCAGAUUAUACUGAAGCAUCAGUUAAAAUGGCAGAAAAAUAUCCAGACUUGAUAACCGGCUUUGUCUGCCAAAAGAAGGAAACAUUCAGUGAUCCAGGUCUUAUCCAGCUCACACCUGGUGUUCAACUAGAAAGCACUAAGGAUGACAUGGGUCAAGUGUAUAAUACUCCAGAGAAGGUGGUCCUGGACAAUGGUGCUGAUGUUAUUGUGGUAGGGAGAGGUAUAGUUACAGCAAAAAGUCCAGAAGCUCAAGUUGUCAUCUACAAAGAUACUCUCUGGAAAUGUUAUUUGAAAAGAGUAUCAGGAAAAAUAGAGUAAUGCUUUAUUUUUCAAUUGAUAUUCACUACCUAGUUAAGUUUCCUUUGUUAGAUUGAGAUGUUAUUUGAUAUUUAUAAAGUGUUUGUUGUACUCUAGCAUGGUGUGCAAUAGUCCAAUAGUAAAAUAAGCUGCACGUCUUUUAUAGACCAUUUAUAAUAAUAUUUAAAAUCAAUUUUGAUGAUUUACAAAGCAAAUUUGUAUACAUAUAUUUGCACUAAAUUUUUAGUUGCUUUUUAAAUUGCUAGAAAUAAUUAAUUAACAACAUAUCACUUUGUGCACAGAUAGUAUAU